AUGUCUCUUAAGCCCAUUGAGGAACGUCUGGAGGAGCGCUUCCGCCGCUACUCCGCUAUUACCACCCAGAGCAACCAGCGCAACCUUGGCAAGUGCAUCCCGUCCACUGCGGGGCAGCAGGUACUGGCAGAGCUGCUCGCCAAGGAGCUGCAGGCGAUGGGCCUGCAGGAUAUCAUAUGCGACAAGUAUGCGACGGUGACAGCGGUGAAGCCGGGUAAUGUGCCUGGCGCGCCGCGCAUCGGGUUCAUCUGCCACCUCGACACCUUCGACAGCGGUCUCUGCCCGGAUGUCAAGGCGCAGCGGAUUCACUACACCGGCGGUGAUGUCUGCCUGAACAAAGGGAAGGAUAUUUGGAUGAGGUUGAAGGAGCACCCAGAGCUGCGCAAGUACGUCGGCCAGGACAUCCUUUUCAGUGACGGCACCAGCGUGCUCGGCGCAGACAACAAGGCCGCCAUUUCCUCAGUGAUGGAGAUGGUUGCCCAACUCGACUCUAGUCAGGAGAAGCACGGUGACAUCGUUAUUUGCUUUGUGCCAGAUGAGGAGAUUGGCUUGGUUGGCUCAAAGCACCUAAACGUGAAGGCGCGCUUCAACGUCGACUUCGCUUACACGCUUGACUGCUGCGAGUUGGGAGAGGUGGUGUACGAGUGCUUUAACGCCGCCAGUGCCACGAUCAAGUUCACCGGUGUCCCUGCGCAUCCAAUGUCGGCCAAGGGUGUUAUGGUGAACCCGCUGCUGAUGGCCAUGGAUUUCAUGAACAAGUUCAACCGUGAGGAGACGCCGGAGUGCACGGAGCUGCGAGAGGGGUACUGGUGGUUUUCGAAGAUGGAGGCGAACCCUGCCGAGGCGAGGCUCGAAGCAAUGGUGCGCGAGCACGACCUCGCCAAGUACGCGGCCCGCAAAGCCUUCAUGCUGGAUGCGGCCAAGGAGGUACAGGUGAAGUACCCGACAGGCAAGGUGGAGAUUGUCAUUGAGGACGUGUACGCUAACAUUGCGAACUCGCUCAAGGACGACCGCACUGCGAUUGACCUGCUUCUGGAGGCGAUGGAGACGGCGGGCGUGAAGCCGAACAUUAUCCCAAUGCGUGGCGGUACGGACGGCGCGGCGCUCUCCGCGCAGGGACUCCUCACGCCCAACUUCUUCACCGGCGCCCACAACUUUCACUCCCGCUUUGAGUUUUUGCCCAUUCCGGCCUUUAUGAAGUCGUGGGAGGUGUGCCGCAACAUCGUCCUGCUCGGCGCUGACAAGCGCCGGAGGACACCCUCUUCACUGUAG